AUGGUAUCUACGGUAACCGAGAGCUUUUUUCGCCAGCAGUUUGAACUAUGGGGUCAUGACCGCCUGCAGUCUUGCCAUUGGCUCCAGUUGCGGGCAGCCAAUGGCUUGGCCAUUCCAUAUCUUGACUACUUGGAGUUGGAUGUUUUCUUGUGUGAGAGACUUAUUCCACAUUGUGUGAUCCUGAUUGUACAAGACUCCCCAGGCACCCCACCUGCUGUUCCUGGAGUGCUGGGAAUGAAUGUCAUUAGUCGGUGCUACCAGGAGCUUUUUGGGGCCUAUGGCCCUGCUUUGUUUGAUACCCCAUCAGUGGUGCAGGUUCCUGGUCUGGUUCUUGAGGCUUUGCAGAAGUGUCAUCAGUCUGCCAUUCAGCCGUUGGACUUGCCUAUAGGUACCGCUCGGAUUCGGGGUACCCACACGGUGCGUAUCCCAGGUGGGGUGAUGCAAUUUAUACCGUGUACUUGUCCUGCCCAGCUGGCUGGUACAGCAGCACUUUUUGAACCUCUUCCAUCUGGACUUCCAGCUGGCUUUCUUGCCUUCCCGUGUCUUGUUCAGAUCAUAAGGGGUACAGCUCUAGUCCUAGUGGUCAACAUGGGCAUGACUGAAGCCUUGCUUUACCCCCGCAUUAGCAUGGGGUCUUUAACCCCUGUUCAGAUUAUUAGCUUUCCUACGGGUAUCACGGAAGUUAGACCUACCACUGCGACUGUGUCCGCCCAGUUGGUGACUAGCUCUUUGCAGGACAAAAUCCAGGCAGUGGACUUGAGCGCCUUGUCUGAAGACGAACAGCUUCAGGUCAGGGACCUACUCCAGCGAUAUAGCUCAGUCUUUUCUGCCCAUGAGGGUGACUUGGGUUGCACAAAUUUGAUAUCCCAUGAUAUCCCUUUGUUAGAUGAUACACCAGUCCAUCAGAGGUAUCGGCACAUUCCUCCAUCUGAGUACGAGACUGUAAAGGCUCACAUUAAUCAGCUUUUGGAGGCUCAAGUUGUUCGAGAGAGCUCAAGUCCUUAUGCUUCUCCUAUUGUCUUGGUCAAAAAGAAAGAUGGGACAUUGCGUAUGUGUGUUGACUAUCGGUUGCUCAAUAGUAAGACCAGAAAAGAUGCUUUUCCCCUUCCUCACAUUGAAGAAAGCCUUGACACGUUGUCCGGUGCAUGCUGGUUCUCGACGUUAGAUCUAGCCAGCGGUUACAAUCAGGUCCCUGUGUCAGCUUUCUGUACACCAUUCGGCUUGUUUGAAUGGAAUCGUAUGCCUUUCGGAUUAUGUAAUGCUCCCAGUACAUUUCAGAGGCUGAUGCAGAGGAUGUUUGGAGACCAGCAGGGCCAAUCACUUCUGCUUUAUUUAGACGACAUUAUUGUCUUUUCUGCAUCAGUCUCACAACAUUUGCAAUGCUUGGAAAUUGUCUUGAGUCGACUUCAACGGGAAGGGUUAAAAGCUAAAUUGGAAAAGUGUGCUUUUUUCCAGCGGGAAGUUGGCUAUUUGGGCCACAUCAUUUCGAGUCAGGGGGUGUCCACUGACCCGGCUAAGGUCGAAGCAGUGGCUAAGUGGCAGUGUCCCAAGCAUGUUUCAGAGUUGCGAUCCUUUUUAGGAUUUGCUAGCUACUACAGGCGUUUUGUUGAAGGUUUUGCGCGAUUGGCAGCCCCGUUACAUAAGCUAGUGGUGGAGCUAGUGGGUUCAAAGUCUAGGCGGGGGUCGGGGAAGGCUAUAGAGAUGGUAUGGACCCCGGAGUGUGAACAGAGCUUUGAGGCAUUGAAGGCCAAGCUAGUUUCUGCCCCAGUACUCGCUUAUGCUGACUUCUCGCGCCCAUUCAUACUGGAGGUCGAUGCUAGUCAUAAUGGCCUAGGAGCAGUUCUCUCCCAGGAACAGGAGGGUAGGGUAAGACCUGUAGCUUAUGCCAGCAGGGGGCUCCGGCCCACUGAGCGCAAUAUGGUGAAUUACAGUUCUAUGAAACUGGAGUUCUUAGCGCUCAAGUGGGCCAUGACAGAGAAGUUUAGGGAGUACCUCUUGGGGCAGAGAUGUGUGGUCUUUACAGAUAACAAUCCGCUUAGCUACUUGCAGUCAGCUAAAUUAGGGGCGACUGAACAUUGGUGGGCAGCUCAGCUUGCAGCCUUCAACUUUGAACUGAAGUAUCGAUCAGGCCGCAGCAAUGGAAAUGCAGACGCACUUUCACGGCAGUACAUGUCCAGCCAGGAUGUAGCUGAUCAGGUUCUUCCUGGUACUGUUCCUGAAGCCCUGCAGGGUGCUCCAAGCCUUCAGUGCUUAGUGCCAGCAAUGCAGUCCAUGGUUUGUGUCUUGCCAUCUUACACCCCCUCUGACCUUCGGGCUCUACAGGAGGCUGAUCCCCUUCUGAAAGAUGUGCUGGAGUUUUGGAGGAAACGGGUACAGCCAGCGCCAGAGAAGAGGUCACAGGUAUCUCCAAAGGUACAGAUAAUUUUGCGUCAGUGGGACCGCCUAAUAGAGCAGGAGGGAGUGUUAUACCAUCGAGUGUUCCACCCUGAUGGGGGUGAGGAGUACUGUCAACUUCUUUUGCCUGAAGUCCUGCAACGGGAGGUGCUUAUGCAAUUGCACCAAGAUCACGGCCACCAGGGUGUGGAGAGGACCACUGACUUAGUGAGGCUACGGUGUUAUUGGCCGGGAAUGUCAGCGGAUGUUAAACAGUGGUGUCAACAGUGUGAGCGCUGCCAAGUGGCUAAAAAUUCUGCAUCGGGGUCGCAUGGGUUUAUGGGCCACUUUUUGGCCUCCAGACCCAAUGAGAUCUUAGCCAUAGAUUUCACCCUCCUAGAGCCAUCUCGUAAUGGUUUAGAGAAUGUGCUGGUCCUGACGGACGUAUUUAGCAAAUUCACCCAGGCUGUUCCCACUCGGGAUCAACGAGCUUCUACAGUGGCACAGGUUUUGCUAAAUGAGUGGUUUUACAAAUUCGGGGUCCCGAGUUGUAUCCAUUCAGAUCAGGGAAGGAGUUUUGAGAUCCUUUAUGGGGUCACUAAGUCCCGCACCACCCCUUACCAUCCCGCAGGCAACAGGCAGUGUGAGAGGUUCAAUAGGACCCUUUACAAUCUUCUCCGUACAUUGCCUGUGUCACAGAAAAGAGACUGGGCCUCGUGUCUCCCACAAGUGCUGUUUUUUUACAACUCUACGCCGCACCAGAGCACAGGGGAAUCCCCAUUCUUUUUAAUGUUUGGUCAGGAAGCUAGACUUCCUAUUGAUUUCCUUCUAGGCUGGGUUGAAGACCCGGUACCUGGGAAGGUCCAAGACUGGGUAGUGGAGCACCAGGUGUGAUUAAUGGUAGCCUAUGAAGGUGCUCGGGAGCGCUUACAAACAGCAGCCAGUCGAAGGAAGGAAAGGCAUGACCAGCGAGUACGAGACAUGCCCUUAUGGGUGGGUCAGUUGGUCUACCUCCGAGACCUCGGAGUCCAGGGUCGUCAAAUUCAGGACGCCUGGAGUUCGGUGCUUUACAGGGUGGUAAAGGCUCCCCUUAGUGAUGGAGUAGUUUACACCAUUGCACUGGCGGAUGACUCGCAGAAGGUCCGGCAUGUCCAUCAGGACAUGCUAAAACCCCUGGUGGGACCAGAUCCUGGGCCACCGGUGGUAAAUCCCCAUCCCCCGUCACCAGUAGGUCCAGUGGACCCCUUUGAUGAUCAGGAACUCUGCUUGGUAGGUCCGGUAGUCGGUUCCACCUCCAGACUGCCUAACAUGGUGCCGACAGAGGUGCCGGUGCCAACAGCAGGGGAUUUGGACUCUGCGGAACCCAUAGGGGAGUUGGCACAGGGCCCAAUAGAGUCUGUGGCCCCUUUGGCACCUUUAGAUCAGCCCAGUAUACAGGCUGCGAGGUCUGACCAAAGAGAAGCUCUGGCUAUGGCAAAAGCUGUAUUAGAGCAGAAAAACCAACCCACUGUCUUCAUACAGAGAGAUAGAAAGUGCACAGAUUUCACAGGCAGUAAAAGAAGUGAUGAACAGAGUAUAGAAGAGUGGAUAGCUUCAAUGAAGUCAUACUUUAAAGUUUGUAAAAUUCCUGAAGAGGAUAAAGUAGAACUCAUAAAGCAACAUCUGAAGGGGGAAGCCAAACUCACCGUUAGAUUGGAGAGUAGCACUACAGAUGCUGAGUCUGUUUUCAAAGUCCUAGAGGAGGUGUAUGGUGAUAAGGUCCCUGUAGGCACACGAUUAAGAGAGUUCUAUGAUCGCAAACAAGUAGCUGGUGAAAAAAUUAGGGCGUUUGCUUAUAAUCUUCAGGAAAAGCUUCGUAGGUUAAUGCGGCAUGAUGGAAAGCGUUUUCCAGACCUGGAUGUUGUGCUUAAAGAGCAGUUUGUGUUGGGCUUGAAUGAUAACUCCUUACGCAGAGAGAUGAAGCGGCAGACCAAGACAGAGCCAUCUCAAACCUUCAGCGCACUUAUGCAGGCUGCGAUUGACUGGUCAGAAGAGGAAGAGGUUCUGUCAGCUACGCCGGUCAAGAACCCCAACCGAGGCACAAUAAGCGCCACGUCUGCUGAAAACAGCCCUUCUGCGCCGUCGCUGCAGUCACUGCAGGAAUCUAUACAAAAACUUGCAGCAAGACAGGAUGAGCUUUUCACAGCAUUGCAAAGAUCUGAGCUGUGCAAUAGCCCACAGGCGGCAGUUAAAAAGCCACCUCUUCGAGACCAAGAGGGCAGACUCAUCUGUUAUACAUGUGGGCAACCCGGGCAUACAAGUCGAAACUGCCAACAAAGAAAAGGGGUAACGUUCCAAGCUCAUGCUGCAGUGACCAAGCCAGAGCAAACUGAACAGAAGGCGGCAAAAAUCAGCACAGCAGCAGUAAAACCUAACACAUUGGCUUUUGACUGGCCUAGGCAGGUUGAGGGUGCUGAAAGUGCCUUUGGCAACUGUUUUACAGUAGAUGUGCUUAUCGAUGGAGUGAGAACCUGCUGCCUGUUAGAUACCGGCUCUGAAGUCACCACUAUUUCGGAGACACACUUUAAAAGACAGUUUGGAGGAAAAACUUUGUCACCUGCCAAUUGGGUAAAAUUAACCGCUGCAAAUGGGUUGGACAUCCCCAUAAUUGGGUGCCUGUAUGCUGACAUUGAGUGCUUGGGAAAGAGGCUCCCAGGAAAGUGUGUGUUCGUGCUUCGAGAUAAGACUGAUGGUGCCGGUGGAGCCUCAGGCAUACUAGGCAUGAAUGUGCUUGGCGAGCUUCGCAGCCUCUUCCUUGGCCUAGAGGGUGUUCAGAAGAUGGACAGGCAUGGGCAGCAGGGUGGGGGUGCGAGCCUUCAUCGUGUCUUCGUGGAAAUGGGCAAGGAAGAGCAAAUGGUGGACUGUAAUGGGAGAAUUGGCUUCGUCAAAGUGGGCGGUAGGCGGGCUGUUGUUAUUCCCCCCUGCAGUGAGACAGUCAUUGAAGGUCGUUGUCGGGUGCCCCCUAAAAUAAAAUACCAGGUCUUGGUGGAGGCUUCAUCUACUGUGAACAUGCCUUCAGGGCUGUUGAUAGCCAAUGUUCUAGCAAACUCAGUGGGUGGGAAGGUCCCAGUCCGGCUAAUGAACCCAAGCCACAAACCCAUUGUUUUGCCUCCAAGAGCAAGAGUGGCUGAACUAUGUAAGCCACACAAAGUGCUGCCUAAAGAGGUAGUGGCUUUUGAAGAGGCAGUAGGUGAGCUCCGAGUCAAAGCCAUUGCAAGCGAGGUGCAGCCUAAGCGGGAAGAACCAGGGCCAUUGGCCGUUCCUGUACAAGCAGAUCUUCAAGGCCUCACCCCAGACCAAGUGCACCAGCUCGACCACCUGUUGGAGAAGCAUCAUGCUGUGUUUUCACGAGAUGAUAGGGAUUAUGGCUACACCACUACCGUUACACAUUGUAUCCCCACCGGCAGUGCACACCCCAUUAAACAAAGACAUCGCAGAGUACCACCCCAUGUUUUCCAAGAAGUUAAGCAGCAUGUGCAGGAUCUAGUGGCACAGGGGGUACUUAAAGAGAGCUGCAGUCCAUGGGCGUCCCCGGCAGUCGUGGUCAUGAAGAGAGAUGGAUCAGUGCGGUUCUGUUGUGAUUACAGGAAGCUUAAUAGCGUAACGCACAGAGAUGCUUACCCUCUUCCAAGGGUGGAAGAGUCAUUGGAUGCCCUGGGCCACGCACAGCUAUUUUCUUCUUUGGACCUCACUGCCGGGUGUUUCCAAGUAGCUGUAGCCCCACAAGACCAGGAGAAAACUGCUGUAACGACACCAUUCGGCUUGUAUCAAUGGACCCGCAUGCCAUUUGGGCUCUGCAACGCCCCCGCGACAUUUCAGCGACUAAUGGAGGUGGUACUGGGAGAUCUGGCUUUUGAAAUGUUAAUUUAUUUGGACGAUGUCCUCAUAUUUUCGAGGGACUUUGACAGUCACCUGCAGCGCUUAGAUCUUGUGUUGAGUCAUCUACACAAACAUGGCCUCAAGCUCAAACCCAAGAAGUGCUUCUUGCUCAAGAAAGAAGUCAAAUUCCUUGGGCAUGUAGUCUCGGCCGAAGGAGUUCAAGUAGACAUGGAAAAGGUGAAGGUGUUGGAAGACUGGCCUGUCCCACGUUCUGUUAAAGAGGUUCGACAAGUAGUAGGCUUCAUGUCAUACUACAGGCGGUUCAUUCCCUGCUUCGCUCAACUAGCAAGGCCUUUACAUGCUCUGAUGGGCAAACAGAAAAGAGGUGUAAUGAAUGCUAUGUCACAACCAUUUGAGUGGGAUGAGGAGUGUCAGGCAUCAUUCGAUAGCCUCAGAAGGUGCCUCAUGGCCCCACCCAUACUUGCAUAUCCUGAUCUUGGUCUCCCGUUCAUAGUGACCACAGAUGGAAGUUGCCUAGGCCUGGGAGCAGUCUUGAGCCAAAAACAGGAGGGCAUCGAGCGGGUCAUAGCCUUUGCUAGUCGGGGUCUGCGGGGCUCAGAGAGAAAUGACCGAAACUAUAGUGCUUUUAAGCUAGAGCUACUUGCCCUCAAGUGGGCAAUCACUGAAAAGUUUCGUGACUUCUUCUCUAAAUUUACAGUCAUUACAGACCACAACCCGCUAAGGUACUUAGAGACUGCCAACCUCAGCGCAGUUGAGUUACAUUCUGACCAAGGUCGGAACUUUGAGGCCAGUGUCAUUAAAGAGCUCUGUCGUGUGUACGGGAUUGGCAAGAGCAGGAUGAGUCCCUAUCACCCGCAGGGAAAUGCCCAGUGUGAACGUUUUAACAGGACGAUGCACGACAUGCUCAGGUCGCUCCCUGCAGAAAAGAAAAGAAACUGGAGAGAAUAUCUUCCAGAGUUAACCAUGGUCUAUAACAGUCACAUACACAGCUCGACUGGGUACUCACCCUUUUAUCUGCUCUUUGGGAGGGAUGCACGACUACCUAGAGACAUACUAGGAGGCAAAGACCUGCAAGUUAGUGAUGUUGAAAACCUUGAUGAGUGGGUCCUCAGCCAUCAUCAGCGGUUACGGACCGCAGUAGAUGCAGCACGCCAAGCUGGACAGGACGCCUCUCGGAGACGGAAGAGGAUUUAUGAUCGCAAAGCCCGCGGAGCGCUCCUUAGACCGGGAGACAGAGUUCUUUUGCGGAAUCACCGACGACGGGGAAGAAAUAAGAUUCAGGAUCGCUGGGAGUCAGAUCCCUACCUGGUGGUGGCCCAGAACCACCCUGAUAUGCCAGUCUUCACCAUUAAGCCAGAGGCUGGUGGCCCUACUCGAGUUGUACACAGAGACCAGUUGAAACCCUGCACUUUCGAAGUCCCCAGGUUUCAAAGAAGUCCCAAAUCCCAUUGUUCACAUAGGGCUUUAGAUCAGACUAUGUCUGACGAAGGCGAUAUGAUUUAUGUGCCGUAUAGUCCCCCCCAUGAACCUCACACGCACCAUACACAACACACAACAUGCACACCCACGGUCCACAACACAGUAACUCUGACACUGGUAGUGGGGAUGAACAUAGUGAGCAUUCAGUUUUAG